GGAAUGUCCGGAAGCAGUGUGGCCAUAAUUGCGAACCCGACUAGACGAAGACAUUGUUUUCUGAGUGUCGGACGGAUAAAGAAGAUGCCCAAGACGAAGUGAAUGAUAUCCCUUGUCCGGUGGCUUUGGCUUUGGCUUUGGCUUCAGCUUCAGCAUCCUCCACCAAACUUGUUUGCCAUCCCAUGCCAGUACAGCUCAUCAUGGUCCAUUGUCCUCGCAGUAGUGGGUCAGCGGAGCUGGCUGGAUGUAAUAAUGAAAUUUAUGUCUGCAUAACGCUGAUUUAUGUACGCUAAUGAGCUUUUUAAUUAGUUAAUGCACGUGCGGAAAGAUAGAAGGGCGGUAAUUUAAGGAAUUAAUUAUGAAAAACCAGCUCUGGCGAAAUAAGCCAUUUAGCCCGUAUCUUAGAUAUCUAUUUACCUGUGCGAUUUCCGUAUAGUAUAAUUUUGUAUAAUUUGUCUGUGAAAAAAUGUUUGAGUACCAGGCAGAAAAGGAUUAUGGGGAGUAUGACAGUGCAGAUCGUACUCUUGAUUUGACGCUGAAACGCAUCAAGGAUCAUUGCCAACAGGAAGCUCUGUAUUUCACGCUUUAUGGCCGCCUUGAAGUGCAGGAGUGGCUCUUAAAGGAUUCUGUCCGAAAUAAGGCAUAUCGUGAGGCUAUCAUUUGCAACGAGUCAUUCAAAAAUAAGACUGUGCUGGAGGUGGGUUGCGGAAUGGGACUUUUUUCGAUGUUUGCCGCCAAGGCGGACGCUGAAAGGGUCCUGGCUGUGGAUGCGGCCAGUAUUACGGACUUUGCCGAACGGAUUGUCCAGGACAAUGGAUAUGCCGAUGUUGUAACAGUGAUGCGGGGAAAAGUGGAGGACAUAGAGCUGCCUGCCGAUAUACACAAGGUGGACAUCAUUAUUUGCGACUGGAUGGGACCAUUUUGCCACAGUUAUUGCCUUUUCUCGGAAAAUAUGCUGGACUCGCUGGUAUUUGCGCGGGACAAGUGGAUGGUGGCCGGUGGUCACAUAUUUCCGGACUCGGCGCAGCUUUAUUUGGCGGCCAUUAAGGGGCGGGAUCAGGACCUCGGUUUCUGGAACGAUUUGCACGGUUUUGACCUGUCCGCCAUUCGGCGAAGAUGCGAAUCCAAGGCUGUCGUGGAGCACGUAACCGGCGAUCAGGUGAUGAGCAAGGUGUGCCUGAUCAAAUCGCUGGACCUUUACAGUGUGCCCCGAAAUGCCGCCAACUUUCAGUCCUUCUACGAACUGAAGGUCACCCGAAAUGGCUGGGUUCACGCCCUGGUUGCCUACUUCGAUGUGGGAUUUAGCUGGAGUCCACAAGGGAUCAGCUUUAGUACAUCACCUUGUGCACCUUGGACUCACUGGAAUCAAACUGUUUUCUAUCUGGAAACUCCACUUUUUGUGAAAGCGGGCGAGUCAAUCAAGGGCAUGUUCAGCAUGAAACCCAGCGAGGAAAGCAUCUUCGACUUGACGUUCGACAUCUUUGUGGAUUUCGAGGGCAGGGAAAAUGCGGUGACCAGCCAACAAUCCUUUGUCCUCUCCAACCCACUUACACUGGGCGAAAUCUAGAAGGGAGAGAACUCAC